AUGACUGAGCUAGUAACUGAUGGUGGCUUGCUAGGUAUUGGAUAUUAUGUGCCAAACAGCUUUGAAGAUGUUGCUGUUGAGUUUUCAAGUGAAGAGUGGAAGAUGUUGAGUGAACAGGACAAAGAGUUACACCGGGAGGUGAUGGUACAGAACUAUAAGAACAUGAUUUCUUUAGGUUAUAACAUCCCAUUGGAUGAACUUCUGUUACUUCUUAUGAAAGAUAAAACCAUUGCAGCUGCUAAAACUGAAGGAAGAAAAACAGUGCCAAAAAGGCAACUUCCUGGUAACAGAACCAGCAUCACCAGGAAUGGAGAAUUCAGUGUCGUCCAGGGUCUGCAGUCAUCUUAUGGGAAACUCUGGAAUGCAGAAUAUGACAGAGCUAUGCCCGAUGAGAUGCUUAUCAUAAGGCAAGAACCAGUGAAGAUGGAAACAAGAAAUGGUAAUUGUAGGCAAAGUAAUGAGGACUUUGUCAUGAAAACUGAAUUAGAAAAGCAUCUGCAAACUGAAUUAGAGGAAACGCCAUGCAGCUGGCUUAACCAUAGCAACAGUGUAACAUUUUAUAGUAACAGUGUAACUGAUCCUCUAAGUGACAAUGGGGAAAACAAAAAGAAUACCCCCCCAACGCAUAAACAAGCACUCAUUAGGCAGGCCUUGCAUGAAGGUGUUAUGAAUGCCAAAGGUUUUACAGAUGGGAAAAACUUAGCACUGCAGAAGAUCAAUCAUACUGGUCAGAAUCCCUUUACCACAUGUGACAAAAGUUUUACACAGAAUAGCGACAUGCCAGAACUUCAGAAUGUCCACAUUUGGCAAAAGGAUCAUCAGAAUAUCCACACUAGCCUAACACCCUGUAACAAGAGUCUUGCAUACAAAGGCAAUAUGUUGAAUCAGAUACACUCUGGGCAGAAGCCAUAUAAAUGUACCACAUGUGACAAGAGUUUUGAACUAAAGGGAAAUCUGGCCCAACAUCAGAGGAGUCACACUAGCAUGUGUGAUAAAAACUUUGUAUACAAAAGUAGUUCAGGGACUCAUCAGGGGCUCCACACUGGGCAGAAGCCAUAUAAAUGUUCCAUGUGUGACAAGAGUUUUAUAAGAAAGAACCAACUUGCACUUCAUCAGAAGCUGCAUACAGAGCAGAAACCAUACAAAUGCACCACAUGUGACAAGAGUUUUGCAUACAAAGGCAACAUGUUGAAUCAUCAGAUACACUGUGGGGAGAAACCAUAUAAAUGUUCUAUGUGUGACAGGAGUUUUAUACAGAACCACCGACUGGCACUUCAUCAGAAGAUGCAUACAGGGCAGAAUCCAUACAAAUGUGUCACGUGUGACAAGAGUUUUGUAUACAAAGGCAGCAUGAUGAAUCAUCAGAUACACUGUGGGCAGAAACCAUAUAAAUGCGCCGUGUGUGACAGGAGGUUUGGAUACAAAAGCAGUGCUUUGAUUCAUCAGAGGAUCCAUAGUGGGCAGAAGCCAUAUAAAUGCACCAUUUGUGACAAGAGUUUUAUACAGAAGAGUAAUUUGAUGAUGCAUAACUAUACCCACAGUGGACAGAAGCCAUAUAAAUGUACAAUUUGUGACAAGAGUUUUGCAUACAAAAACAGUAUGGCAAUUCAUCAGAAGCUCCAUAGUGGGCAGAAGCCAUAUAAAUGCACCAUGUGUGACAAGAGUUUUAUAAAGCAGAGUCAUUUGAUGAUGCAUAACUAUACCCACAGUGGACAGAAGCCAUAUAAAUGUACCAUGUGUGACAAGAGUUUUGCAUACAAAAACAGUAUGGCAAUUCAUCAGAAGCUCCAUAGUGGGCAGAAGCCAUAUAAAUGCACCAUGUGUGACAAGAGUUUUGUGGAUAAGAAUCAUAUGGUGACGCACCAGUAUAUCCAUACUGGGCAGAAGCCAUAUAAAUGCACCAUGUGUGACAAGAGUUUUGUGCAGAAGAAUUACCUGGUACACCAUCAGAACAUGCAUACUGGACAGAAACCAUAUAAAUGCACCGUUUGUGUCAAGAGUUUUGCGUGCAAAAGCAGUGUGGUGAUACAUCAGAGGGUCCACAGUGGGCAGAAGCCAUAUAAAUGCACCAUGUGUGACAAAAGUUUUGCAUACAGAAGCAGCUUCGUGAAUCAUCAGAGGCUGCACUCUGGGCAGAAGCCAUAUAAAUGCACCAUGUGUGACAAGAGUUUUGUGCAUAACAAUCACCUGGUACACCAUCAGAACAUGCAUACUGGACAGAAACCAUAUAAAUGCACCACAUGUGGCAAAAGUUUUGCAUACAAAAGCAGUGUGGUGAUUCAUCAGAGGCUCCACAGUAGGCAGAAGCUGUAUAAAUGCACCAUGUGUGACAAGAGUUUUGCAUCCAGAAGCAGCUUGGUGACUCAUCAGAGGCUGCACUCUGGGCAGAAGCAAUAUAAAUGCACCAUGUGUGACAAGAGUUUUGUGCAGAAGAGGCAACUGGUACUUCAUCAGAACAUGCAUACUGGGUCCAAACGGAGAAAUACGUCAGCAAGCAAAGGAGAGUAGUAUUGCUGAAAUUGAAUUCAUCCUCAAGUCUUGGAGAAUACCUCUAUGAGGUGGACCCUGUUUUUUUACAAAAGUU